AAUUAAUAUAAAUGUGGCUUCAGUUCUAAAAUCAUCAAGUGAUACGGGGGCGGAAUUCAAAUUAGCAAAUGUUGCCACUCAGCAGCCAAGGAUGGAUAGGAAAAAUCUAGUGUCACACUACGAACAUAUUUCGAUCAAACUCCUGAAUAUUUCGGCCGCAAUUAUUAGCACGAAUUCGAGUGGCUACGACAUAAUUUACAAUCUGUUGUUGAAGGUGGAUGAGGUUCGAAUGAUAACACGUUGGUUAAAAGGCAUUACUUACGGAAAUGAUAUGCUAUACGAAGGCUAAAUGGAAGUAUGACACAUGAUAACGGUUACGGUAUUUUGUGAUGUUGAUUAAGAAGAAGCCGACUAUGAAUGAGUAGCUGCGAGAGAAAAAAUCACAAAUGGAAAUGAAGAACACGGUCAUCGUGAUAGAAUAUUUUAGCACAACGUCGACAUUUAAUUGAAGGUGGAAAAAGUUCCCCUUGACCAAGCGGUAUAAAAAUGAAACGGAAAGAAAAAUGAAUGAAAACAGUGGCGGAAAAAGUAGCAGCAGCAACAGGCGUAAUAAAAUUAUCUCUCUUCUAAUAAAAUAGUUUUUAAUGAGUUGUUUCUGCUACACAAUCAAGUGCGCGAUAGUGACCGGGUGGUGCACCAGCUGCAGCCCCAAAAAGUGUCAAAGUGUCCCGCAGCGUCUCAAAAAAAUCAUAAGGAGCAAGAAAAAAUUGAGCAGCAGCAAGCGGAAAUUAUUCGCCGAAGUGGAAAACAACUUCCGGCCACAGGCUGUUCCCAGGACCGGUCCGAAACGGAGCUCCCUAGCAUUCGACUGCUCCCGUGGUAGACUCUCGGCAGUCCGUUACCGGCCUACGCACCGGCAGAGACAGUCGGUCGGCUAGACACAGACACCGGAGCAGCUGACAUGGAGCGCAAACGUUCGGUGCGGCGCCGGCAAAAACCACCGUUUGCCGAGCGUUUCAAGGACCACUGUCGCAAUUUCACUGCAUUUAUGUUCAGCAACGUUGGGAUUAUUUUUUUAGUCGUCCUCUACAUGAUUGCGGGUGCGUUCAUGUUCAUCGCGAUCGAAGGUAAUGAAGCUUUAGAGAGGUUUGCUCAAAUACCGUCCAAGAGAAACGAGACUGCCAUGCGGCUGUGGCAGAUAUCCUGCUGCGAGGUGAAUGUGUUCAACAAAACCGUGUUCGAGGAGAGAGUAGGAGAAGAAAUACGUGACUAUCAGAAUAAGAUUGUGCUGUGGGCACGCCGCGGCUGGCAAGGAAGCGACAUCACACUGGAAAGCGAAACGCAGUGGUCCUUCUCCGGGGGUUUCCUGUACUCUCUAACAGUCAUCACCACGAUCGGUUACGGAAAUAUCGUACCCCGAACGGAAUGGGGGAAAAUUGCAACGAUAUUUUAUGCGAUCAUAGGAAUGCCACUGUUUCUUCUCUACCUUUCCAACAUUGGUGAUAUUUUGGCCAAGUCAUUUAAAUGGAUCUACGCCAAAUUCUGCCUUUGCCAGGUGUGUCCAGGCGUGGCCCGACGGCGCGCGCUCCGUGCCAAACGCAGAGCGAGGACUGAGGAACGGGACUAUCAGUCGGAAUUCGGUGAAAAUGGAUUCGACACGGCUACUAUUACCACCUCCAACCCAGACGACGACAUCGACGAGGAAAUCACUGCCGAGCCGCAAACUGUGACCGUUCCAAUUACUAUUUGUAUAAUGAUCAUGAUUGGGUACAUAUUUUUCGGUGCUCGAUUGUUCGCAGACUGGGAAAACUGGGAUAUCCUAGAUGGCAGCUAUUUCUGCUUCAUUUCACUUAGCAGUAUCGGAUUCGGUGAUAUUGUGCCAGGCGCUUCGCUGCAAACGAAAGGUGACACAAAGAUGGAAAUCAGCUUCAUUCUAUGCGCCAUCUAUCUACUGCUAGGUAUGGCAUUGAUAGCCAUGUGCUUUAAUCUGAUGCAGGAACAAGUUAUAUACAAGAUUCGGUCACUGAAGAAGUGUGUCCGGGGCUGCUUACAGUGCAAGAAGACGGCUCCCCAACCCACUGAGGAUGAAUCCGACAGCUGAGAUAGGAUGCACAUCAACGCAGCGUGACAUCGUGGCUGGCGAUUGGAAGCAAAAUAGAGUAGCAUCAGCAAAAAAAGCAAUCGCCACCAACUGAACUACUCGCUGCUGGGAUCAUUUCGAAAGUCUCCUUGCUUCGCAGGAAGCCGCUUUCCGCGCCACUGCACUGUACUCUAGGGGCUAGGCCAUAGCAUAGGACAGCGAUUAAAGACAAUGCGAGACAGUUGUUGAAGUUUUUAUUUUCCUUAUUGUUUGUAAAUAAUUUCCGUUUCUGAUUACCUUCAUUUUGAGAGUGCGUGAUUUUACUGAGCUAAGUUGUUAACGGUUAAGCAUUUUUGGAUCUAAACAAUGACAUUCCACAAAAUAAAAACAACUAAUUUAUUCUCU